AUGGAGAGCGACGAGUUGGUGGCACUCUGCUACCCACAAACUAAUGCUUCGUGCAGGACGCCUAAGCAGCCACCUGGCCAGGCCAUGUUGUUCUACUUGCUGCUGUCUUCCAUUUCACUCAUCACUGUGGCGCUCAACCUAUUUGUCAUCUUCGCCAUUUCCUAUUUCAGACAGCUGCACACACCCACCAACCUCCUCCUACUCUCGUUGUCUGUCUCUGAUCUCCUGGUGGGGCUUGUGCUCAUGCCCGUAGAGAUCAUCUACAUUGAGACCUGCUGGCUUCUGGGCAACGUGGCGUGUGCGCUGUACUACGUGGCCGACUACAUCAUCACGUCAGCCUCAGUGGCCAACAUGGUGCUCAUCUCGGUGGACCGCUACGUGGCCAUUUGCAAGCCUCUCUCCUACCUGAGCCAGGUCACCAAGAGGAGGGCGUGGGUCAGCGUGGGCCUUUGCUGGCUCUGCUCCGUCGUCUACCGGCUUUUGCUACUCCAUGACCACCUGGGGCAGCCGGGUAAAUCUAUCUCUUGUCUGGGGGAGUGUGUUGUCAACAUCAGUAACAUGGCAGGCACACUGGACCUGGUCUUUACCUUUGUCUUGCCUAUCACUGUCAUUGUAAUGCUCUACAUGAGGGUGUUUACGAUCACCGUCAGGCACGCUCAUCGAAUGCGCUUGCACGUGAAUGCCGGCCAGGUCCAGGGCACCGUGAAGAAGAGUGAGUUGAAGGCGGCCAGAACGCUGGGUAUUGUGGUGGUAGUCUUCCUAAUCUGUUUCUGCCCCUAUUACUUCCCCACCAUAGCGGGCGAGGACACCUCCGUGGAUGCCACUUUGGCCGCCUACGAGAUCUGGUUGACCCACAUUAACUCCUGCUUGAACCCCAUCAUCUAUGCCCUUUUUUACCCAUGGUUUCGUCAGUGCAUCAAACUCAUCGUCACACUUCAGUUCCUCAAGCCUGGCUCCAGGGAUGCCAAAAUACUCUAA